CGCUGCCACGCCGCGCCCGGCUCUGCGCUGGCGGGGCCGAGCCGGUGCCGGGCGCCGUGGGGCUCGCGCGCCGGGCCGGCCGGGGAGGGCCGCGCCGGAGCGGGGGCGGCGGGAGGGCGGGUCGGGGCCGGGCUCCCGCUGGCGGCUAGGCCGGGGCCGAGCGCGCGGCCGGCCAUGGAGGUGGAGGAGGCGUUCCAGGCGGUGGGCGAGAUGGGCAUCUACCAGAUGUACCUGUGCUUCCUGCUGGCGGUGUUGCUGCAGCUCUACGUGGCCACGGAGGCCAUCCUCAUUGCGCUGGUCGGGGCCACACCGUCGUACCACUGGGACCUGGCGGAGCUCCUGCCGAACCAGAGCCACAGCAACCGGUCGGCUGGUGAGGACCAGGCGCUCGGGGCCUGGCUCCUGACGGCCAACGGCAGCGAGAUGCACAAGCACGUGCACUUCAGCAGCAGCUUCACCUCCAUCGCCUCCGAGUGGUUUUUAAUUGCCAACAGAUCUUACAAAGUGAGUGCAGCAAGCUCUUUUUUCUUCAGUGGUGUGUUUGUGGGAGUUAUCUCUUUUGGUCAGCUCUCAGAUCGGUUCGGAAGGAAAAAAGUCUAUCUCACAGGUUUUGCCCUUGACAUCUUAUUUGCUAUCGCAAAUGGGUUUUCCCCCUCAUAUGAGUUCUUUGCAAUGACUCGCUUCCUGGUGGGCGUGAUGAAUGGAGGGAUGUCGCUGGUGGCCUUUGUCCUGCUGAACGAAUGUGUGGGCACCGCCUACUGGGCACUCGCAGGGUCGAUCGGUGGCCUCUUCUUCGCAGUCGGCAUCGCCCAGUAUGCCCUGUUGGGAUACUUCAUCCGCUCCUGGAGAACCCUAGCCAUUCUGGUUAACCUGCAGGGAACAGUGGUCUUUCUCUUAUCUUUAUUCAUUCCUGAAUCACCUCGUUGGUUAUACUCCCAGGGUCGACUGCGUGAGGCUGAAGCCGCCCUGCACCUCAUCGCCAAGAGGAACCGCCAGCUCAAGUGUACCUUCUCACUAACACACCCGGCCAACCGGAGCUGCAAGGAGACGGGAAGUUUCCUGGACCUGUUCCGCUACCGGGUCCUCUUGGGGCAUACUCUGACCCUGAUGUUCAUCUGGUUUGUGUGCAGCUUGGUGUAUUAUGGCCUAACUCUGAGUGCAGGUGAUCUAGGUGGAAAUAUUUAUGCCAACUUGGCCCUGUCUGGCCUAAUAGAGAUUCCAUCUUACCCUAUCUGCAUCUACUUGAUUAACCAAAAAUGGUUUGGUCGGAAGCGGACAUUAGCAGCAUUUCUGUGCCUAGGAGGACUGGCUUGUCUUAUUGUCAUGUUUCUUCCAGAAAAGAAAGACACAGGUGUGUUCGCAGUGGUGAACAGCCGUUCCUUGUCCCUGCUGGGGAAGCUGACCAUCAGCGCUGCCUUCAAUGUCGUGUAUAUCUACACCUCGGAGCUGUACCCCACGGUCAUCAGGAAUGUUGGGCUUGGAACUUGUUCCAUGUUCUCCAGAGUUGGUGGGAUUAUUGCUCCCUUCAUCCCCUCACUGAAGUACGUGCAGUGGUCUUUACCCUUCAUUGUCUUUGGAGCCACGGGGCUGACCUCAGGCCUCCUGAGUUUAUUAUUGCCAGAAACCCUUAACAGUCCAUUGCUAGAGACGUUUUCUGACCUUCAGGUGUACUCAUAUCGGAGGCUGGGGGAGGAGACGUUAUCUUUACAGACCUUGGAUCCCCCUCAGUCUGUGGACAAGGAGAGCCCGUUAGGGAGUGAGAGUGAGGAAGAGGAAGAGUUUUAUGAUGCGGAUGAAGAGACACAGAUGAUCAAGUGACCUGCCCCAGAUUCCUCCUCAGACGCAGAGGGUCAUCUUCUCUGCCUCCAACGAGGGCAGGUUCUCCCAGGAAACUGAAGGGAGCUGUGGAAAGAUAGGCUUGAACAAACAUCGAAGGUACUCCGUGUGGCCUGAUGUUUUUUAGGCAGCAAGGAAGUUGGAGAAGAGAUUUCAAGAAACAGGACAUCACUGCAUCAAGUGAAUAGUUGUUAACUGCCCGCAAUUCGGGUUUAGCUCAAAAUCAUGACCUCUGGCCAGAUUGCUGAAGUCCACAUGCCAGAGUGGUAAGCUCAUUUGUUUCUAGAAGUUUGAUUACAUUGCCUUUCAACUUCAUUGUGACCUAAAGGCAAAUAUGUAAAAUUUCUUCUCACCAUUAACACGUAAUCUGUCCACCAAAUUUGACAUUUGCCCCUCUCAGUUGCUCCUCACCAGGAAUCUUUUGAGGCAGGUUGGUGUUAGCAUUUCAUUCAUUUUUUUGUGCCAGAAGAAAAGCACUGAGAGGGCAUUUGUGUGGCCUGAGGCCCUCCACCUUCAUCCCAACGGAUGAAAUUUGGGCCCCCAGCUUGGUUCCUGGCCCAGUGAUUGGCUUGAGCUCCCUGUCCUGUGCUUUCAGUCAGUCCCACGGAUGACCCGCUAGGAAAAGCCAGCUGCACCAGAGAAAUGUUCAGAGUCCGAGGUGUGGUUGCCUCUCCCUGGCAGCUCCCUUUGAUACUCGAAUCGUGUAAUUUCUUCAGUUCCCACUUGUGUGCGCCUGGAGAAAAAUUUCCAUCUCAGAUUCUAGUACCAGCAAUAACUUCCAAACCAUGCCCAGUAAACGACGAAGUUUUAUAAAGGGGGAGGGCAGUUAAAAAGUGACAUGUCGGGGCUUCCCUGGUGGCGCAGUGGUUGAGAGUCCUCCUGCCGAUGCAGAGGACACGGGUUCGAGCCCUGGUCUGGGAGGAUCCCACAUGCCGCGGAGCGACUGGGCCCGUGAGCCACAACUACUGAGCCUGCGCGUCUGGAGCCUGUGCUCCACAACAGGAGAGGCCGCGAUAGUGAGAGGCCCGCACAUCAUGAUGAAGAGUGGCCCCCGCUUGCCGCAAUUAGAGAAAGCCCUCGCACAGAAACGAAGACCCAACACAGCCAAAGAUAGAUAAAUAAAUUAAUUAAUUUAAAAAAAGAGUAUGUACUUAAAAAAAAAAUUAAAAAAAAAAAAGUGACAUGUCAAGACUUUGGAUGUUAAAAAGGAAAAAAAAAAGUGGAUGUUAAAAAAGGAAAAAAAAAAGUGCUGUUUUUAAUAAGGAAGAAAAGAAAAUUAUCUUUCACAAUUUUCUGUUUGUUUUCAGUGUUGUGCAAGGAGGGACUUGGGCAACCUUUAAGAACUUGAACUCUUCUAGUCCUAGAUCAGCUCCAGUCUGUUUGGUUAGCUAGAAUGGAAGGCACAGUAAUUUCCCAGUAAAUGUUGGUUUUCAUUAAGUACUGCCAGCUUUCAAAUAAAUCAAAGUCGUACUCAGUUUCCUAAAAUCAUGUGCUGAAAGUGUUUCCCAUGAAACCUGAGUAUUAUCUCAAAUAGGAGUGUUAACCUGGCGUCAACAAGCUUGGACAGUGUUGCUUUAGGUCACUUUCCCAACUGGGAAAAUUUCUGUGUUUUCAGAAUUUCCAUUUCUAUUAAUCCCUUGGAGAAAAAGAAAUUUCACUGGAGAUAAAGAGAAGUCAUCACUGAGUCUGUUUCUGGAAAUCUUGGAGGACUCACCUCGCAUUGGCUCCAACCCUCUCCUGUCCUCUUCCAUUGACCUCUUGGUUUGCACUAUACCAGCCUGUACCUUUGUUAAAGUAUUUUUAUGUCCUUCAUGCCCUUGAUUAUGUAUUGGGCUCUUUAUAAAUAGGGACCAUCUCUACUACUGUUUAUUUCUCUCUGCUGUGCCCAGAACACUGUAAGUAUUACUGUUUCUAGCCAUCAGGGAAAUUGUAGAACUCCUCCCAUUAUCAUUUUUAUAAAUCACAGGCAAAUCUGACCCAAACCCCCAAAUUGUGGAAUCUCGCUGUCUUUCUCUGGGAAAUGGAGACCCUGCCCACCAUCAGGAGAGGAAGAAAGGAAGAACUUACAACUCAAACCCAUGUCCCCUGCAUGCCGAUGCAGGGGACAUGGGUUUGAGCCCUGGUCCAGGAAGAUCCCACAUGCCGCGGAGCAACUAAGCCCGUGCGCCACAACUACUGAGCCUGCGCUCUAGAGUCCGUGAGCCACAACUACUGAGCCUGCGUGCCACAACUCCUGAAGCCCGUGUGCCUAGAGCCCAUUCUCUGCAACAAGAGAAGCCACCGCAAUGAGAAGCCCGCGCACCACAACGAGGAGUAGCCCCCACUCGCCGCAACUAGAGAAAACCUGCGCGCAGCAACGAAGACCCAACGCAGCCAAAAAUAAAUAAUUUUUAAAAAUAAUAAUUACUGUUUUUUCAUCCCUUUGCCUUUUAUAAAAAUAGGUUUUUUCUUUUGCUAUUAACUGUUGAAAAAUAGUGAUUGUAGAGAUGGUGCACAUAAGCAUAUUUGUAUUGAUUAAAUUAUUGGAAAACUCUUAAUUUAUAGGUAACAUAUUUUGUCUGUUCAGAUGAUUUGUAAAAGGUAUCCUUUUAAAUUUUUUAUUGCAUUCAAAAUUAAAUUUCUUUUCUCCUAAAAAGCAGCAAGAAAACCAUAAGACACAUAAGAAAUCCCAGGGCUUCCAGGGUCAAAGGUCUUAUCAACAGCUUGUCCAGAACCCUGGCACCACAUGGAUGUGUUGAAAGAAACUGUUUUGUAGUUUCCUGAUUGUUGCGUUAAAACCACUGCCCCUUGAAAAUGCAGUAUUUAUCAUUUGGCUGAUUUCAAGCAAUGUAGACAUUCUUUAGUACUUAAAAACGAACAAAUAAAAUACAACAAAUAAGAAGCAAAUGAAAGUUUCUGGGACACUACUUAAGUAAAUGUAAUCUGGGCAAGUAUUUUUAUGGAGGUCAAAUUGAUAAAGGUACUUUUAAUAGAUUCAUAUUCCUAAUGAAAACAUAUUGAAAUAAUUCUCUCUACUAAUUAAACUGAAUUAAACUGCAGCUUUCUAAUAGGACUUACUCUUCCAUUACUAAUUCUUACUAGAUUAUUAGUUCUUAAAUUGGACACGUAUAAAGGAUUUUUUUUAACAAAAUAAAAUGCAGGUAUUUUGGUUUCUUGUGAAUAUGAUAAAGAAUUGUAAAAUGUAGACCUUUUGUUCUUACAGAACAUUAUCAGGAUGUACACAGUAGCAUCUUUGACAAAUUGAGCAAAUAUAGAAUCUGCUAGAAAUUAUGGGUGAUAUGUGGGUCAGGGGCUGUAGCAAAGUUAGGGAGUCAGUGGGUACAAAAGAUAACUAUAGAAGUAUUUCUAGAAAAAGAAAAAUGCAAAGAUACUGCAUUGUUAGAAAAUGCAUCUGUGUAGUAUGUUAAAGGGAAAGAUCUUAUGAUUAUCUCAAUAGAUGCAUGAAGAUUAUUUGACAAAAUUCAACACCUAUUUAAAAUAAAAGCUACUAGCAGACAAGGAGUAAAAGGAAACUUCCUUAGCAGUAUAAGGGGUAUUGUAGCACGUAAGGUGAAUUGACCUAAGGCAUCUCUUCACCUUCCCGGGACCUUCAGACUUUCUUGAUAAUGACCACAAUAAGAAAUGUAUUUUACAUAUUCUUUCUCUUCCCUGUUCCUCCACCUCUUUCUAAUCUCUGUCUCUGUCUCUGUUUCUGUCUCUAUCUCUGUCUCUUUCUCCCCGCCUUACAAUACUUACUAUAUAUAUAUUUAAAAUAUAUUAAAAUAUAUACAUAAAACUUUCAUGAAACAUGCUUAUUCUUGCUUGGUACACUGACAGCUUAUAUUCUGUCCCAUUUUGUUUUAUAAAAUG